UGGGUCUCCGUCGUCGAGCUCGUCUUCUACAUACCGACUCUCAUCCUUGCCCUCAUAGUAUGCAGCCGCCAUGGUUUCCGUCGCAGCUCCGGUUGGGUGUACACGCUUGUUCUAUGCAUCGUUCGCAUAGUGGGCGCCAUCUGCCAGCUUGUGUCCUAUCAUGACCAUUCCUCCGGCGUGAUCACGGCGACUGCCGUCAUCGAUUCAAUUGGUCUCUCUCCGUUGCUCCUGGCUACUCUCGGAGUGCUAUCGCGAUUUGUCGACUUCAUCAACGCCAAGUCCGGCGCCACCUUCACCGUCAAGCAUUUCCGUCUUCUUCAAGUACUCAUUACGGUCGGCCUCGUCCUCAACAUCGUAGGUGGUACAAGCGGAAAUGUCCAGCCGGACGGCAAAAUCGAGGUUCAGACUACUAGCAAAGUCGGAAUCAUCCUCUUCAUCGUCUCCCACGUUGGCUUGGUCCUCGUCUAUGCCGCAUCCGUCCCUCGAACGGCCUGUGUUCCGCCAAAAGAACGCCGCGUACCCGUCGCUCUUCUCCUCGCUUUGCCAUUUGUCCUCGUGCGCCUCGUAUACUCGGCCUGUGCUGUCUUCCUGCAUAACCAUCUGUUCAACAUCAUUACUGGAUCCGUACCGGUUUACGUCGUCAUGGCCGUUGUGGAAGAGUUCAUCGUCGUGGCGAUAUACCUUCUUCUUGGCUUUGCGGUGGAUAAGCUGGAUGACACCCAGCAGGGGCCACUCGCGUCCAGGCCUUGGAAAGGGAAG